AUGUGGAGUUUCGGGCGACAGAGGCCCGGCGCGUCGCAGGUCCUCCCAUGCGCGGCAGCGCUCGCCGCCUUCUUCGCGACGCUGCUCCUCGCCUCCGCCGCCGCCUUCUGGCUCGGCGCGCAGCCCGCGGCGGAGGCGCUCCUCCGCUCCCUCAUCGCGCCCUCCGCCGCUCACCCCGCGCCAAUAAGCGCGGAAGAGGAGCCUGGCGAAUCUAUUGAUGGCGAGCCUAUCAAUGGCAAGUCUUCCGAGGGCGAGUCUAUUGGUGGCGGAGCCACGCGGGGAACUGACGCUGCAGCAGCGUCCGCGUUUGGGAGUGAUUCGUUUCUGCUAGAGGAGAACGCGUCCGUGCCUCAAAUUUUGGAAUUUGACCUGAUCAAGACGUACCCGCACGACAGGAGGGCAUUCACCCAGGCAUGUUCCUGCAAGCAGUGGGUGGUGGGGUGCAAGGCGGUCGUUUCCAUUUCCGCCGUGCAUGCAAUCCCAGUCAUCUCAGGUCUGCUAUACAUGGACCAUGAAGCGAGUGGGGGGAGGGGGAGCGGCGAGGGGGUGUUUUAUGAGAGCACGGGGGAGUAUGGGCGGCAUCAUCCUGUGUUUCGGUCCUUCCUUCACCCUAUCCCCUCUUGUCUCGGUCCCCCUUGCCCCUGUCCCCUUUUGUCCCCAUUCCCUGGUGUUCCUGUUCCCCUUCUCCCCUUGCCCCUAUCCUCCUUCCCCAUGCACCCCCCCUUUUCUUCCCGCGUGCAGUCGACAGUGAGGGAGGUGGAUGUGGCCUCUGGUGAGGUGCUCAACAGCGUGCCUCAGAGCGCUGACGUUUUCGGCGAGGGCCUUGCACUGCGUGGCGACAGGCUGUACCAGUUGGCCUGGCGGGUACGGUCAGGUUUGGUGUACGACAGAGAGACACUGCGACCACAGGGUGAGAUAAAGGGAGGAAAAGGGAAGGGGGAUGGGUGGUGUUAUGGGUACGGGGAGCAGUUCUUGGAUCUCUGUCAUAUGUAUGAUCGUUCCUCCCGUUCCCUCAUAUCGCCUGGCAUCCCUGCUCUCCUGCUCACCCCGCUGCUUCCAGGCAGCUUCCAGCACGGCAUGGCGGAUGGGUGGGGCCUGGCAGUGCUCAACGGGUCGGUCAUGGUCGGCACAGACGGCUCCUCCACGCUCUUCCACCUCGACUCAUCAUCCUUCAAAGAUGAGAGCAGCUUUGAGGCGCCGCAAAGGCUAGAUGAGGCGAGUUUUGAGGCGCCUCAAAACUUGCACGGGUGGGGCCUGGCAGUGCUCAACGAGUCGGUUAUGGUCGGCACAGACGGCUCCUCCACUCUCUUCCACCUCGACUCCUCGUCUUUCAAAGCCGUGGCGCGCGUGACAGUGAAGGACGGAAAGAGGAGCAUACCGAAUCUGAACGAGCUGGAGGUGGUGAGGGGGCUCGUGUGGGCCAACGUGUGGCUCUCCAACUGCCUCGCCGCCAUCCACCCUGACACUGGCAAAGUGCUCGCGUGGCUGGACCUCUCUUCCCUGCAGUGA